AUGUCCGAACCUAUCCCCGAAUCAGUCCCUACCUCUGCAGACCCGCGCUCCCAUCGCCCAACAAAGAAACGCGCCCUCACCCCACGCGCUGCACUUGCCUCCCAGGUAACAGCCCUCUUCGCGCACCCCGACCGCUCCGUGCACAUUCCGUCCAGCACUAGCGCACCCUCCUCUGCGCCCCCAGAGAUUGUCGCCAACGUGCAAGGUUCCAGUGCUGGCGCGGGCAGCGGCGAAUUUCAUGUUUACAAAGCGAGUCGGAGGCGCGAGUAUGAGAGACUUAGGCUGAUGGACGAGGAG